CUGCCCACCAACCCUGAGGAGAGCUGGCAGGUGUACAGCUCUGCCCAGGACAGCGAGGGCAGGUGUAUCUGCACCGUGGUGGCCCCCCAGCAGACCAUGUGUUCACGGGAUGCCCGCACAAAGCAGCUGAGGCAGCUACUGGAGAAGGUGCAAAACAUGUCUCAGUCCAUAGAGGUACUGGACAGGAGGACUCAGAGGGACCUGCAGUACGUGGAGAAGAUGGAGAACCAAAUGAAGGGGUUGGAGUCCAAGUUCAAACAGGUGGAGGAGAGCCAUAAGCAGCACCUGGCCAGGCAGUUCAAGGCAAUUAAAGCGAAAAUGGAUGAACUUAGGCCUUUGAUACCUGUGUUGGAGGAGUACAAGGCCGAUGCCAAAUUGGUAUUGCAGUUUAAAGAGGAGGUCCAGAAUCUGACGUCAGUCCUUAACGAGCUGCAAGAGGAAAUUGGCGCCUAUGACUACGAUGAACUUCAGAGCAGAGUGUCCAAUCUUGAAGAAAGGCUCCGUGCAUGCAUGCAAAAACUAGCCUGCGGCAAGUUGACCGGCAUUAGUGACCCGGUGACCGUCAAGACCUCUGGCUCGAGGUUCGGGUCCUGGAUGACAGACCCGCUGGCCCCAGAAGGUGACAACAGGGUCUGGUACAUGGACGGUUACCACAACAACCGCUUUGUCCGAGAGUACAGGUCCAUGGUGGACUUCAUGAACACAGACAACUUCACCUCCCACCGCCUCCCGCACCCCUGGUCGGGCACGGGGCAGGUGGUCUACAACGGCUCCAUCUACUUCAACAAGUUCCAGAGCCACAUCAUCAUCAGGUUCGACCUGAGAACCGAGACGAUUCUCAAGACGCGCAGCCUGGACUAUGCGGGCUACAACAACAUGUACCACUAUGCGUGGGGCGGCCACUCGGACAUCGACCUCAUGGUGGACGAGAACGGGUUGUGGGCCGUCUACGCCACCAACCAGAACGCCGGGAACAUCGUCAUCAGCAAGCUGGACCCCGUCUCGCUGCAGAUCCUGCAGACCUGGAACACCAGCUACCCCAAGCGCAGCGCCGGCGAGGCCUUCAUCAUCUGCGGGACCCUCUACGUCACCAACGGCUACUCGGGGGGCACCAAGGUCCACUAUGCCUACCAGACCAACGCCUCCACCUACGAGUACAUCGACAUCCCCUUCCAGAACAAGUACUCCCACAUCUCCAUGCUAGACUACAACCCCAAGGACCGCGCGCUGUAUGCGUGGAACAAUGGACACCAGACCCUCUACAACGUCACCCUCUUCCAUGUCAUCCGCUCGGAUGAGUUGUAGCUCCUCCUGUCCCCACACCUAGGGUCCGAGUCCUCCCCUGCUGAGGACCCCCCCCUCCUGUGAACCAGCUACCAAAAUCAUACUACGAAGACUAACGAUGACUAAUGUUGAGAAAUCAUCAACACCCAGGGGUAGCGUUGCCUCUGCCUUCCUCCCGCUGGUAGCCGGAAGACCAUAGAUUGCAGAAGAAACCCCUGUACUUGCAGCUGGAACUGCAGCCCCCAAGCCCCCUGGUUCUCUCCACCCGUUCCCCUUACCCUCCAGUUCCUCUCUGGUCAAAUACCAUACUAAAGAAAUAAGGCAACGACUGUUGGCCACUUUCACCCAAGAACAACCCACUGUUAGGAUCGCAUGGACAUUUCUUUAGGUCGUGGUUGGCACCGAUAGUUGUGAUGGCCUGAGAGCACCCGCACCCAGGCGGGCAGUGCUCAGGGACAGGUUGGUUUAACCCACACGCCAUCCCAACUGCCAUUGUUGUCUCUUAGAUUAACUGUGCCGAGAUCCCUGGUAGCUCCUGGACCCAUGUCUAGUAUUUCCUGAAACAAUGGUGGGCGUGCAUAGAGUGAUUGCUGUAGCACGUUGUUUGGACUUUGUACCCUGUAGCCGUGUUGUGCAAUGUGCGUCUGUUAUUCUUGAGGUGGUAACUCCAUGUGUUCAGUUUAUGCAACGAAUGCUGUAAUGCAAUGCUGUAGUUUGGAUUCAUACGUGGAUGGUUUUUGUUUCUAAAAAGUAAAAAAAUAAAAAUUAAAAAAAAAUCAGUGUUCACCCUUAUAGAGACAUAGUCAAGUCCGUGUGGAUAAUAAUUGAGGGACUUCUCCUUGUUAAAUUAUCUGACUUGUGCAUCCGUGGAUGGGAAGGGCUUGGGAAACGUUCGUUUCCAAUGGAAGGAAAUUCAUGAGGGCAAUUGUGUGUGGAAAGGUCCUUUUUUUUAAUUUAAAGAAAAAAAGAGGGAAAGUUUGUACUCUCCAGUUAUCUAAGGAACAAUA